AUGGUCAACGCAUUGUCUGCCAACUUACCCCACCAAGACGCGAAGAAAGGUGAACUGGCGGACAAAACCUUGCCCCGUAAAAGACCUCGAGAUGACCAGGACGACACUUUGGCGUUUGGCAUCACCAAGAGAACAACUAGCCAAGCUCUCGGCUUGUUGCCUUCUGCAGACUGCUCCGCGGCUGAAGGGCCCAAGACACCUGUGGACUGGGAAAUACCUGCUCUCUCUUAUGAUGAGGCCAUCUUCGUACCUUCACGCCUGGCCUUCGAAGGCGAAACCCUCCCCAAUCCCGAUCUCACGCUAGCCCCUUUAUACACGGCGAAUACCAUCGAUAUUGGAACGGACAACGCAAUCCAGACUCUUUGGAGUACACCAGAGAGCCCCGUUCCCGAAGAUAACGGCUCCGAUCACUUUGAUGACGAUUGGAUGCGUAAAUACAUCGACUUAACACCCACGCAGACCGAUCACGUCUCGCUGUGCUCGAUUCAUGACACUAGCCACGAUAUCAAUGUUAGUUCUUUGGUGACCUUGGCUUUUGUCCCGUCCGAAGGAAUACCAGAUAUCAUUGAAAGCGAAACUUCUGGCUCGAGCCAAUACUUACAGGUGAUGAGGAAAACCGAUGCCUGUACCCAGAGAACCUGCUUGUCGGACGUUGACGAUUACAUGCUUGAUAGCUCGGACGAGGAAGCGCUUGCGAACCUUCUCCCUGGAACACUUAACCAUGACAUGCGGAUGCCUCUUGCGAACACGGCUCAGAUCACGAAUGGUGAUUCUCAGGAUGACGUUGACUUCGACAAGGCUCUAGAGCUGCCGCCGCACGACGUUUCAACCUACGGCUCUGAUCCCCGUGAACUACAUUCAGAGGUGGAUCUCUUAGAAGACGACUUGGACUGGAACUAUAUCUCGACAAUUGCCGAUGACACCAAGAUCGAACAGUUCUCUGAAAUCAAGCCUGAUCAUGACAUCAGUGACUUCGAUUUGACCCUCAAAACAAAUCUUUUACCUGACACUGCAACUGUGCAAACAGGGUGGUCACAUAUCGCGCCAUUCGUCCGUCCUCCCUUGCCCGGAAAGAUCCUCGAUCGUUCUGGUAUUGUCGGAUUAUCCUCAUCACUCCAGUUAAGAACAUGCUUUCGGGUUGGAGAACUUAUGAACUACAAUACCCAGUGCCGUCGAGACCACCAGCAGGCCAUCUUUGAGUUCUUCGCAAGGGCCACCUGCUCCAACCGCUCAUCGCAAACCCGAGAGCAGCACUUUCGAUUCAAAGACCUCUUCACUGAGUACUACCCUCACCCUCGUGGGAAGCUCAAGGAUUGGAAGCAGGGCAGUCUUCUGGACAAGCAGGCGAUGGAGCUUGUGGGACAACAAGACAAACUCUGUCGUUGCAUUGGCGUGUUGGACACUGAUCACGCUCUAGAUCUCGGCUGGCGGAUCAAAAUUAUCAACAUACGAAGCACUCACUGGGACGAAAUACAGUGGGUGCGUCGAGUCAUGGCUCGACAUGACACGGACUCUGCCGUGGAAAGAUGA